AUGGUGCUCUACCUGCUCGUGGCCCUUCUGGGCUCCGUCGCGCUCUCUUCCUCCAGCUCUCUAUCUUUCGGCGGCGAUGCUGCGUCGCGAAUUGGGAAGAGGGUGGACACGCCUAUUCCUGACCCUGCGAGCCGCGUCAACCUUUUCAUAGGGACGACGAGCUCGGGGCACGCUUUCCCUGGUGUGACUCUGCCGCAUGGGAUGGUCAAAGUAGGCAUGGACACCGACUCCCCAGACAACCUCGCAGGAUACGACUCCAACCCCGGCUUCAACGCGGUCGGCUUCUCUCAACUCCACGACGAUGGAACAGGCGGGUCCGUCCCGCUAUCCUUGUUCAAGAUAUGGCCCUUCGCGUCCUGCGGCGACAGCAACACUUUCACGUCCUGCCCCACGGAUCUCAACUCGCGCAAGGUCCUCCGCAAGACACUUUCCGACGGUUCUCCCGACGACACCGCCGAGCCGGGAUACUUCGCUUCCAACCUGUCGACAAACAUCCGGGUCGAGCUGACUGCAACGCGCCGGACCGCGCUACACCGAUACACUUUCCCCUCGAACGCGACGAUCCCGCGUCUCGUCGUCGAUGCCACCAACGACGGCCAGCAAAGCAGCUCCCACCCCAUCGUACACAUCGACUCCAGCACGGGUCGCGUGACAGUCGGCGCCACCUUCGCUGCUAGCUUUGGUCCAGGGACGUACCGCGCCUACGCCUGCAUGGAUUUCAAGGGUGACGGUUUCACGCUCGGCGCGCCCUCCGAAUUCGGCACUUACCUCGGCAACUCGCCCAUCCUCGGCCUCAACGAUGGCCUUCAGGAGUACACCGGGUACCGCUCCGAGCUCGGCGCCCUCCUCGGCUUCGCGCAGAAUGGGGACGGGACGACGACCAUCUUCGUCCGCGCGGGCGUGUCCUUCAUCUCGACGGACCAGGCGUGCGCGAACGCGGAGGCGGAGAUCCCGGACUUUGACUUUGACGGGACGAGGACUGCGACGCGCGCGGCGUGGAACGACCUGCUGGGCCGGAUCCAAGUUGGGACGGACAACGUGGACGACGACACUAUCGAGCUCUUCUACAGCUCGCUCUAUCGGACGCACAUCUCCCCCGCCGACUACACCGGCGAGAACCCGCUGUGGUACUCGGACGAGCCUUACUACGACUCGUUCUACUGCAACUGGGACACUUUCCGCACCCUCUUCCCGCUCAUGUCGCUGCACGAUCCGGAGAACUUCGCACGCAUCGUGCGCGGUAUGAUCAACAUCCAGCAACACGAGGGCUGGCUCCCGGAAUGUCGCGGGGCCACUGCCCAGCACUGGAUCCAGGGCGGCAGCAAUGGCGAUCCCAUCCUCGGAGAGUUCUUCGUAAAGUACGCGUACCAAGCCGCGGCGCUCAACGUCUCCGCCGACGCGCUCUACGCGGCGCUGCUCGCCGACGCCGAGGACCAGCCGCCCGACUGGAACCUGCAAGGCCGGCAGGCGAACGUCUGGAAGUCGACGGGCUACAUCCCGGCUGACCUGCUCGAGGCCGGGGGCGCGAACACGAAGCAGGUCUCGCGCGCGCUCGAGUACGCGUUCGGCGACUUUGCCGUCGCCCAGGUCGCGAAGCUGCUGAACAAGACGGACGACGCGACCAAGUACGCGGGGCGCGCGGCGAACUUCGUCAACCACUGGAACCCGAACACGACCGUGCCGGACCAAGAGCAGAUCGUCGGGAUGAUGCAGCCGCGGUUCCAGAAUGGCAGCUUUGGGUUCACGGACCCGCGCCAUUGCAGCGUGAACGACCCGACGGGUGCGAACUGCUUUUUGUUCAACACCAACUUCGACGGUUUCUACGAAUCUUCUCCUGUUGUGUACUCCCAGUUCGCUCCGCAGGACACCGCGAAGCUAGUCGAUCUGCAAGGCGGUCCGGAAGCAUUCAUCUCCCGACUUGACUUCAUCUUUGACCAGAACUACUUCGACGCGACGGACGAGCCCUCGCAACAGAUUCCAUUCAUGUACCACUAUGCGAACGCGCCGGGACACAGCACGAAUCGCUCCCGGCAAAUCCUCUUCGAGCACUUCAGCACGGCGACGAACGGUCUCCCCGGGAACGAUGACUCGGGCGCGAUGGCGAGCUACGCCGCGUUCUACCUAGCGGGACUCUACCCCGUCCCCGCGACGCGCCAGUACCUGCUCUCGUCCCCCUUCUUCCCCUCGAUCUCCUUCUUCAACCCGGCCUUCAACUCCACGACCACGAUCGCCGUCGCGAACUUCGCGGGGAACCCCGCGAACGGCGCCGCGGGCACGAUCUUCGUCCAGAACGUGACGAUCGACGGCGCGCCGGCGCCGAGCAACUGCUUCCUCGACUGGGACGUUUUCGUGCGCGGGGCGACGGUCGAGCUCACGCUCACGGACGACAUGGAGGUGACGUGCGGGGGCGCGAGCGGGAACGGGACGGACGCGCUCCCGCCGUCGUUGUCCACGGGCGGGUUCGGGUUCUGA